CGGCAGGACUAAGUGGAGCGUAGUGGAGAAAGUGUUGGGGCCUGGGCUCCACCGGCGUCUGUACCUGUAGUGUGUUCUGCGCAGGCGCGUCGUGAGCCGCACUGGCCACCUCCUUACUCCUCUAGUGAGUUCCGAUUUCAUUUUUAACCUUGAUUUUUUUUAUUCGGUAGUGCUGUGCCAGUGUUGUGAUUGAAGCGAUUAUAACUACAUACGAUGAAUUGGUCGAUCCUUCUGGUGUGCCUGGUCGGCGUGACGAGCUGUCGAGCUGCGAGCCUGGAGCCACAGGAGAAGGAAAAGGGUUUCCUCGACUGGGUCAGCAAUCUGCUGGGCGGCACCAGUACCACUGCCAGUCCUGUGAUAGCACAUGAUCCUCCUGCCAAUUGCCCUGCUUGUCAAUGCGGUAUAGCGCGGACGAAGCGCCGGAUAGUCGGUGGCUAUGAGACCAAAGAGCGCGAGUAUCCCUGGAUGGCGAUGCUCAUGUACAACGGUCGUUUCUUCUGUGGGGCGUCCCUCAUCAAUGACCUUUAUAUCCUCACUGCUGCGCAUUGUACUGGCUACCGCAAGGAGCGUCUCACAGUGCGUUUGCUGGAACAUGACACGACCAACCGUAAUGAGACGAAGACCAUUGACAGGAAGGUCUCGGCGGUGAUACGUCACCAGCGGUACAACCCUGGCACUUAUGACAACGAUAUAGCUCUCAUGAGGCUUGAUGAAAGGUUGGACUUAAGCACCGCAAUCAAGCGAGUGCGCAGAGAUGGAGAAGCCACGACCGAAGCCAGUUCCAGCAGCACCACUGAAGAAACCUCCACUGCGGCCCCAGAAGUUGAUGACGUCAGAGUGCGGCCUGUGUGCCUGCCCACCCCUGGACUGUCUUAUACCCGCCAGUGCGGUGUCGUCAUUGGUUGGGGGGUUACUGAUGAAGGAGGCUCCAUUUCUAAUACUUUGCAAGAGGUGAAAGUGCCAAUAGUAUCAAACGCUGAAUGCAAGGACCGGUCAUACGGCAGAAGAGUGACUGACAACAUGAUGUGUGCUGGCGAGCCUGAUGGCGGCCGUGACGCCUGUCAGGGUGACUCCGGCGGACCGCUACAUGUGUUCAACGAGACCACUGAGAAGUAUCAGGAAGUCGGUGUGGUGUCUUGGGGCGAAGGUUGUGCGAGACCAGACAAAUAUGGAGUGUACUCCAGGGUGAACCGAUACCUAACAUGGAUCAAGAGCAAUACGGCCGACGCUUGCUACUGCGACUGAACACGAAAACUUUACUUCUGAAAGUGACGCGACAAAGUUAUGAAUAAAAUUCUAAGGAUUACCUAUGAAUUGGACGUUUCGUGUAGCUACCGCAGCGCUGUUGGCACUCCGCAACCACUCUACAAGUCACACGGUUGCCGCAACGCACAUUUGGUAUCAAAACCAGUGAGCAUCCGUUUGCAGGAAGGCGAACGCAACGUGGCCUCAUCGCAGAUGUCCGACACGAUACUUCCAAUUCAAAAUGUUCAAGUUUUCAAAAUUUAAAUGCCAUAUUGGCGUAUCGGACCAUGACAAAAUGUUCUAUAAUACGAUCCCUAUCACCACUACUUAAUCUUCAGAUCGACGAUAAGCUUGACAACACGCGGGUCAAUCAUGAGUCACAUACGACUUUUCACAAGUUUCCUAAUUAUUUUUCUUUGUUGCAUCAUCGAGUAUUGCUCCACAUGCUAGGACUAUUACGAGACAUUCACAUAUUUCUGCGUUACCGAAUCAUGAAUAACGAAAAUUGUAUAAGGUUCAUAAUAGGUACUUUGUAUAACAAGCCAUAAUCCACAAUAUGCAUUUACUGUAGGUACCUAGACAUUCUUAAAAAAAACUAAAAAAGGAUGUUCUACAAGUUUAUUUUUCUUCAUGUCCAUUUAAGAUGUAAAUUUUUAUAAGAUUUUCUCAAAGCAGAAUGAAUUGCUAUGAAGCCAAUUCCAGGGAUUUUCAAAGCAUUGCUUAUAUUUUGUAACUUUGUCACCUGACUUUCCUUUAUGUAUUAAAUAAGCACUCUGAAUUUACAAUUAAUUAGUAUUUAUUUAAUAAACUAUGUGGAAAUCA